AUGUGGCCGGCCGGUGACGUGCUCCACCACUCCAGCUCGUCGCCCGUUUGAUUAUAUAAAGAAACCAGGCCGGCUGUUCAAGUCCACCGCCCAGCGCACAAGCACAGCGAGCAAGCAAGUGCUCGAUCGAAGCUUAGCUACGCCCACGAGACGCCCGCCACUGCGCCACACAUCGCUCUGAUCCAUGGCCUCCGCCGCGAGAUCCUGCGCCGUCGCCCACUUCACCGCCGACGAGGCGGCCCCGCCUGAGACCCUCCACGUCAUGCGCCUGCAGCGGCUGCGGCUCUGCCGCGCGGCCGCGGGCUGCCUGGACCCCAUCGCCGAGGAGGAGGACUCCGACGCCGACGACGCCCAAGUCCCCGCCGGCUCGCCCAGCGCCCACAGCAGCAGCAGGAGGAGAGCGGCCGUUGACCUUGCCCGCUGCCUUCGGUAGGCCUGGUCUCAAAGCUAGGUGGAUUAAUUAGACACGCGGAGUAGUUGAUUAGUAGCUACAGACCAGGGAUCCCAUCUCCUUUGUACGUAGGUACUAGCAUAUAUGUACUCUCGUCCAGUUCAUCGAUGUAAUGAAUUCCUGCGAGUUAGAGCA